UGCAAGGAGGAGAGGCCGGCAGCAGUUUCCUUCAGCACCCAAGAUGCAGCGGGCCAAGGAGGUGAUGAAGGUGUCGGAUGGCAGCCUCCUGGGGGACCCCGGGCACACGCCACUAAGCAAGAAACAGGGUGUCAAGUGGCAGAGGCCAAGGCUCACCCGCCAGGCCCUGAUGCGGUGCUGCCUAGUCAAGUGGAUCCUGUCCAGCGCUGCUCCACAGGGCUCAGAUAGCAGCGACAGUGAGCUGGAGCUGUCCAUGGUGCGCCACCAGCCAGAGGGGCUGGAGCAGCUGCAGGCACAGACCAAGUUCACCAAGAAGGAGCUGCAGUCCCUCUAUAGGGGCUUCAAGAACGAGUGUCCCUCGGGCCUGGUGGAUGAAGACACCUUCAAACUCAUUUACGCACAGUUCUUCCCUCAGGGAGAUGCCUCCACCUACGCGCACUUCCUCUUCAAUGCCUUCGAUGCUGACGGGAAUGGGGCCAUCUGCUUUGAGGACUUCGUGGUUGGCCUUUCCAUCCUCCUGCGAGGAACAGUCCAGGAGAAGCUCAAGUGGGCCUUCAACCUCUACGACAUUAACAAGGACGGCUAUAUCACCAAAGAGGAAAUGCUGGCCAUCGUGAAAUCCAUCUAUGACAUGAUGGGCCGGCACACCUAUCCCCUCCUGCGGGAGGACGCACCUCUGGAGCAUGUGGAGAGGUUCUUCCAGAAAAUGGACCGGAAUCAGGACGGGGUAGUGACCAUUGAUGAGUUUCUGGAGACCUGUCAGAAGGACGAGAACAUCAUGAGCUCCAUGCAGCUGUUUGAGAACGUCAUCUAGGACACAUGGGGUAUUGCCAAGUGGCCACUGCCACCACCUCAAUCCUGCCAGGAACAGCCUCCAUGAGAAACAUUUUUCUAAUAUAUUUGCAAAAAGUGAACAGUUUGCUCCAGACACACACAAACACACACCAUGCCUCUGGGCUGUCAGAGGGGGACCGAGGUCAGGGAGGGACUGCAUCUGGUUGGGAGCUGGGUCCAGGUGACAUGAGCCACACUCCCCCAGCCAGUCCUGUCCCAGGCCAGUGGGGUGAGGCUGCCUCAAGGGUGGGCUGAUGGGAGAGCAGUGUACAUGGCUAUUGGCUGCCGGAUGUGAGCAGGAAAGUGCUCAACUCCUGCAGAGGAGGGUCCGGGUUCCAGAGCAAAAACCUCUCCUGUGUGAGCCCGGUCACCUCUCCCUCCUGCCACCCUUCUUUUCCACCACCCAUCACCCAGGCUCUGGUCUCCUUGUUCCCCCAGCCAUUCCCAGCCCACUGACCACUCUCCCAGAAUGCCCCUUACCACAGGUCCCUGGAGGGGCAGCUGGUGGUUGAGGAAAGAAGUGGUGGUGGAGGCAGAGCCUGCUGCUUCCUGGAAAGGAUUCCUGGGCGAGCUCUGCUCCAGUGAUGAGGCACCACAGGGCCCUGCUGUCCCUCCGUCCCAGGAAGGGGGCCCUUUAAGCUCAGGGUUGGGUUUCCUGGUAGCGAAUGUGAGGGGGGCUGUCUAUUGACUCAGCUAGUUGGGAGAAGCCCUGCCCCACUCGCCCAGGCCUGGCUCAGUGGGGAGGCAGUAAUGGGGCUGCCCCCACCCUUCAGGCUCUAAACUGUUCACCCCAAGGUCAUUAUAGGGCCCGAGAAGAUAUCGUGUGGCUCAGUGAGUGGCAGCCCAGGAGCCUGGGUGGCAAGCGAGCCGAGGGAGGGCUUCUCUGUCCCCGUCUGUCAGCCUCUGUCUGCCCAGCAGUCUGGUUGAUCCUCCCUUCCAGUUAGGGUCCUGAAGCAGUGUUGCCACCCCUCCGCACAGGCUCACCCCAACCCCAUGCAAAAAGCACAAGCGGCCCCAGCAGCUCAGGUUGAGCCCAUGAGGGAAGCUUUAGACACUUCUUUUCCCAGACAAGGCCCUCCUGGUAGGCUGGGUCCCAGUAUCCCUGAUAAAGGUGGCCCGGGAAAGGAGCCUGGGGUCAGUUCUAUGCCUCAGAGCAGUAGAGGCUCAAAGCCUACCCCGAGCCCGGCCCAUCCAUGUUCAAAAGCACAAACCCCAGGACUCCGCUUUGGCUGGGUUCUGCUCUGGGGAUGUGGCCAAUGUCCACCUGAGGCCAGAGACAGCAGCAGUGAGGGCUGAGGGGCCUGAGUUCGGUGAGUCCUGAGCGCCCAGGGGCUUCCAGGAGACAGAGAUGACUGCUCCCGCCUGCUCAGGCAGCACAGGCCCUUCCAAGGAACAUUCUCAAACGUACAUUCCAUCGGCUGCCACCCCAUCUCACUCAGCCUGGCCCCAGGGUGAGCAGGACCCUGCGAGGAAGGGUGGGAUGGCGGAGGCCGUGGAGACUGGUCUGGCUUGGCCAUGGGGACUCCUUGGCACCCACACGUGUUCCUCCCCUUGGAGUUGCACUGACGCCCCAUUUCCAGUCUGACUGGGCGGUUCCCUCUCUCCUCCUUCAGGAGGGCAUCAGCUUUCCCGGGCUCAGGGAUCUUCUCCCCACUUCUUUCAGCCCAGUCCCCCCAGCUGGUGUAGCUCUGCUUCUCAGGCCCAGGCCAUAAGAGAGGGUCACCACCGUCCCCCUGUGCCCCUUGGCCUCGGCCAGCGUGGCUCAUUCCAGCCAGGAGAGGGGUGUCUCCCACGCUGGUGUGCGGGCUGGCCGCAGGUCUGCAUGGCAGAAGUGUCUCCCUCGGGCACAGCCCGGGAGGGCGGUUCCUGUUCUCAGCGCCCACCAAUAUUCAGUUCUGUAUAUUUUAAUAAAAUAAACUUGA